CGUCCAUCUUCAUCCGCAAAUCCGACUUUCACCUCAGCAUGGUUAAAGCCUUGGAAACAAAAGCUUGCGAUGCUUGUGGGAAGGCAAAACGGAAAUGCGGAAAGCAGACGCCACGUUGUCUCAGGUGCAGGACACGAGGCAUCGAAUGCACGUAUCCUCCAGCGAGGCCGACUCGCUUCGUCCUUCUGGAAGAUGACAAUGAAACACCGGUAGUAGAGCCUGAAGCUCCUGUUGAAAAUGCUUUAGAAUUGCCUGUCAAUUCUUCGAUCCUUCAGACUCGCGGAACUGGCAAUAUCGAAGUAGAUCUUCCUGCAUCCGGUGAAGGCCUCAUAGAUGACCGCCUUGCCACAAGUUGGUUUGCUUCUCUAGAAACUUGGAAAGUUCGGUUUCCGCGGGAAAAUCAGUGUCUUUCGGUCAUCGCGGACUCGAAACGCUUUGUCACUGCUAUCCGUCGAUGGCUGAUGCAAUGGAUCGAGAAAGGAACAAAUCCCUUUAUCCACAAACGGCUAUAUCAGACUCGCUUUCCCCGGAGUAUUCAAGAUGCGUAUACAGCUCUAUCAUGCUAUCUUCACAAGACUACAUCCAACGAAGGGCUCGUACUUCAAAUUAUUGAAAAUCGAGCUACGCAGUUGGUAGCCGAGUCUCAAAUGGAUUCUGCGAAAUCUUCGAUAGACGAAAAUAGCAGCGGUUCAGCCCUUGAUACUCUUGCACACGUAGCUCGUGUCCAGGCGCUACUGAUCUAUCAGUUCAUCUGUCUCUACGAUGGAGACAUCCGACUACGCCACUUGGGAGAAUCGCAUAUUCCGGUACUGGACCGCUGGAUGCGCGACAUGCUUGACCAGUCCAGUCAUGCGCCAUGCUUAGGUGGCACCAUCAUCUCACAAACUUUAGAACAGACGAGAGUUAGACCUUCCUACGUCUCUCCAACAAAUGAGCUCAUCUGGUACUCCUGGGUCGUUGCAGAGAGCGUACGACGCACUUGGGUUGUGGGAUCUGGUAUACAAGUGGUGUUUCUCGCGCUUCAGCGAGGAGGAGCGCCUCCGUGUCAAGGUGGAGUGAUGUACACAACUCGACAUGGAGUCUGGGAAGCUCCUUCGGCCAUGGCUUGGGAAAAAUUAUGCUCGGAGGUACAUGUUGGAUUGAUGCAGAUGGCGGAUGCGGAGAGGUUGUUUACGGAUGUUUCACCAGAAGAGGUCAACGAGUUCACCAAAGUGGUACUUGAUGUUACUUUUGGUAGAGAGAGAAUGGAGAGGUGGGGAGUGCACGUAGAGGAUUGACAACAUCGAAUGAACUUCUGCUCCUCGCAUUCCAGCUGUUUUUGUGCCAGAGUUGGAAGAAUGGAGGAACGGGAACCCGCGUUUGGGCACCGUAAUUUUAUUGAGCUGAUACGAAGUAUCUCGAAACUUGAAGCCAAAGAAUGUUCUUCAAGACCGUGAAUUGCGAGUAACAAAUCCACUUGACGGGUGGCGUUGUGUGCCAAGCUUUCACUUUGUCUUUUGAAUCAGGAACGAUUCUUCAAGUCUCCGUUCGAAAAGUCUGAACCUUAAGUAAUCCCCCGUGUCAAUUGACCUGUCUUGUUCAAGGAGCAUUGCAAGCCCAUAAUCAAGCAUUGGCGGCCAUCUGUAUACCCUCCAGCCUCGAGCGCUU